UUCAGUUUUUUUUUUUUUAGUUCAAGAUCUUUUUCAGGUGAUAAAAUUUGGUCUUGUAGAAAAAGUGGUUACAGGAGAAGAGAGAUAAAGAUGUCUGACAAAUACGCGUAUUUGAAGAAAGUUUUUGAUAAACUGCAUCAAUGUAAAUAUUACGAGAGCGACUUCAGUACUUCAGAUGUAGAAAUAGCCAUUAGAGAACUUAACGCUAUAUGUCAGACGCUGCCCAUGCUGAUCCCAGACACACAGAGAGAUAUAAUGAGGCUUUUGAAUGCUGCUCAGUCUAGACAUUUACAAGAAAUAUUAAAGUACAAGGCAGACGGCGAAGAAAAAUUCCAUAAUCUUCUAAAAGAGUACCAAAACUACCUCCAAAGGCAAUCGGUUGUUCCAGAGUUUGUAUUCAGUAAUUCCCCUGCAGGGUCUACCAAUUCAGAGUAUUUGAACACAAGUGAAGAUCGUGAAACAAGUUUUUCCAUGGUUGGUGACCAAAAACGGAGAGACCACCAUCGGCCUAAAAUAGAGCUGAGCGACCUGAAUACACCAGAGAAAAUAGCUGAGUACUUCAGAGAUCUUUAUCACAGGGAGUGGACCAUUGCUUUUAAAGCAUUAAAAGGCAUGGGUCAAAUAAGGAACGAAGAGGAAAUCAUUAGAAGAUUGGGCAAAAUGUUAGAAAUGGCGUAUGAAUUAUGUCGAGAAGAAGCCAGAAAACACAGAGGGAAAAUAACGGAGGCUCUAGUUUACCCCUUAGGAUUACCAGCAAUAGCAAAUGCUAGAGUAAACCACACCACAGAACAGAAACUGCAGCCUAGAGUCCAUCAGAUACAACAGGAGACGGGUUUGUACGCCGUACCAGCUGUUCAGGAGAUCUUUUGGUAUACACACGGUGGUGCAUUUGCAGAAACAGGAUGGGAUAAAUCUAAAGAAAUAAUUAACUAUGUUGAGAGCUGUGUUCGAAUAUGCUGGUUAUUUUCUAUUCAGGAUCCGCCUAUGAAACUUGUGUGGCCCGAAGAAGGGUUUAAAAUAAACGACAAUAUGAAGGAACACUCAAAACAUGGAAAGAUUGUCCACUUUACUGUAUGGCCUAUAUUGCAGUUAUAUGAAAAUGGUCCUUUGUUGUCUAAAGGUGUAGUGGAGCCAUUUUAACAUGAACUGUUCUAUAUAAGGGAAAGUGCUCAUUUUUGAGUUACCAUCUGUUUGC